AGCAAGUUUGCAUCAAGGUUGCUUUGAGAUGCGUGCCAGGGCGCAGUGUGGCGGCUUGGGCCGCAACCUCGACGGCCAGCCGGUGCCGGAGAGUGGGAAGAGUAAAUAAAUGGCCUCCCACGCCCGCCAAAUAUUGUCCUCCUCGACCUCUUUCGCCGCGUUCCCCGACUCCUCUCGACGUGUGUCUCUCUCUUUUUCUCUUUCUCUCUAGGGUUUUCUUGCCUCCACCGCUUCCCUGUGCGACUGGGAUCCGCCGCUCGCAAUGGUGGCUUCGUGCUCGAGGCCCUGGAUUUUCGCCGGAGGCGCUGCGAAAGCAUCGGAUCCGAGUGGAAUGUUGCCUCGAUUUCCGGCGGUGACGAAGCGUUCUUUGUCACUUGAUCGGGGCGCUGUUGCUUGGAGGGACCUGGCUCUAGGCUGUAGGUCCGAUCGGCAUUCCGGGAAUGGAUCCGCCGACGAGGCCUCCGGCGGCGCGGAGGAAAAUGAGCGGUUCGUCGGAUGGUUUCGGCAGGCCUGGCCUUACAUAAGAGGUCACAGGGGAAGCACGUUCGUGGUGGUGAUAUCGGGGGAGGUCGUGGACAGCUCUCACUUGGAUAGCAUUCUUCAGGAUAUUUCACUCCUUCAUGGUCUUGGGAUCAAAUUUGUCCUUGUUCCUGGAACCCAUUGCCAGAUUGAUAAGCUCUUGACAGAAAGAGGAAGCAAGGGCAGGUAUGUUGGUCGAUAUCGAAUUACUGAUACCAAGUCACUAGAGGCUGCAAUGGAAGCAGCUGGAAGAAUUCGACUGAUAAUAGAAGCAAAACUUUCUCCGGGACCACCUAUAUUAAGUCUCCGCCGACAUGGUGAUAAUGAUCGUUGGCAUGAACUUGGCGUUAGUGUGGCAAGUGGUAACUUCCUUGCAGCUAAGAGAAGAGGAGUAGUUGAUGGUAUUGACUUUGGAUCAACUGGUGAGGUGAAAAAGAUAGAUGUUCCACGUAUACGGGAAUGGCUCGACAAAGAAUGUAUAGUCAUAGUGAGCAAUCUGGGUUACUCUAGUGCAGGAGGAGUUUUGAAUUGCAACACUUAUGAAGUUGCUACUGCUUGUGCCUUAGCUAUCAAAGCAGACAAACUGAUCUGUAUUACGGAUGGUCAGAUUCUUAAUGAACAGGGAUGGCCUAUUCGUUUUUUAACCCUUCAAGAUGCAGAUAUGUUGAUUAGAAAACUCGCUAAGCAAAGUGAAAUAGCUGCAAACUAUGUCAAGGUUGUAGGUGAAGAAGCCAUUCCUUCCAAAUGCUAUAUUGAUUCACACGAAGAUGGCAAUCUGCCAUGGGACGAAAAAGGCUAUAAAGGAAGGUGCAAUGCAAUGUUUCAGAAUGGUGUUGGUUUUGACAAUGGAAAUGGUCUAUGGUCUGGAAAACAAGGAUUUGCCAUUGGUGGUGAAGAACGGUUGAGUAGAUUAAAUGGUUAUCUCUCAGAGUUGGCUGCUGCAGCAUAUGUUUGCAGAGUUGGAGUUCAAAGAGUUCAUAUAAUAGAUGGUACACUUGGUGGGGCCUUGCUGCUAGAAUUAUUUACAAGAGAUGGUGUGGGGACAAUGGUGGCUAGUGAUGUUUACGAGGGAACACGAUCAGCUAGAGCUGCAGAUCUUCCAGGCAUUAGAAGAGUUAUUCAACCUUUAGAAGAAUCGGGUGCACUGAUUCGGAGGACUAAUGAAGAGCUUCUCAAACAGUUGGAUUCAUUUAUGGUUGUGGAAAGAGAUGGUUCAAUCAUUGCUUGUGCUGCCCUUAUCCCCUUUUUUGAUAAUAAUUGUGGAGAAGUUGCUUCUAUUGCGGUGUCCCCAGAAUGCCGUGGACAAGGACAGGGGGAUAAACUGUUAGACUUCAUUGAGAAGAAGGCAUCACUGCUUGGACUAGAGAAACUUUUCCUGCUUACAACUCGUGCUGCAGACUGGUUUGUGAGACGUGGCUUCACAGAGUGUUCUAUUGAGUCCAUUCCAGCAGAGAGGAGGAAACGAAUUAAUCUGUCACGUGGAUCAAAAUACUACAUGAAGAAGCUACAAAUGGAGGAAGGUGGUAUUAGCAUAAACAAAAUUGCAUCAGGUAGUACAUAGCUUGUAUUUUUCUUGCUAUGUUUGCUAAGUUAUUUGGCUAUAUUAGUUCAUAAUUGUCUGGUGUUGUAUUAAGCAUAUUGUUUGUUAUUUAGUAAAGCACAAACUGGGAGGCAUAAUUAUGGCCGA